AGAUGCGCAAAUUUCAUUAAACCACACCAUCCGGACAGCAUCCGUGCGUUCUCUCGCAGUUGAUUGAAUCACACCGAAUAAAUCGGAUGAUCUUACCCAAUCAUUCCCCCCAUUAAAAUUUGUCUAUAAAAUUUAAUAAAUCUUCCAUUUAAAUAAAAAAAAUCUCCACUGUGCCAUGCUGUUCACGCGAGUGCUGCAAACACUUCCGCCAUCCCUAAAGCAGGGAUUUCGGCUACUUCAUCAAGCCAGGGGAUCACCACCACGAAUCCUCAUUACUGGGGGGCUAGGACAGCUGGGGACCGAAUGUGCCAAAUUGCUGAGAAGUCAUUUUGGGAAGGAGUCUGUGAUACUGUCGGACAUUAUAAAGCCAAGUCAGGCAAUUGUGGAGAGUGGACCAUACAUUUUUGCUGAUAUUCUGGAUUUUAAAGGUCUGCAGAAAAUUGUAGUGGACUACCGUGUGGAUUGGCUCAUUCACUUUUCAGCCCUCCUGAGUGCGAUUGGGGAGCAAAAUGUCCCACUCGCGGUGAGGGUUAACAUCGAGGGGGUGCACAAUGUCAUUGAAUUGGCCAAACAGUAUAAACUACGUAUUUUUGUACCCAGUACAAUUGGUGCCUUUGGACCUGACUCACCUAGGAAUCCCACACCAAAUGUUACCAUUCAACGACCACGAACAAUCUAUGGGGUGUCGAAGGUGCACGCUGAACUAAUUGGCGAGUACUAUCAUCACAAAUUUGGCUUGGAUUUCCGUUGUUUGCGCUUUCCCGGGGUCAUUUCAAGUGAUGCACCUGGUGGUGGUACAACAGAUUACGCCGUGAGCAUUUUCUACGAUGCCCUCAAGAGUGGGCAUUUUGUGAGCUACCUACGACCAGAUACACGUCUACCGAUGAUUCACAUUGAAGAUUGUCUCAGGGCUCUGCUGGAAUUUAUGACGGCUCCACAGGAGAAUUUGAAGAGAAGAGCCUACAAUGUCACCGCCAUGUCCUUCACGCCCGAAGAAUUGGUGGCGGAAUUGGCAAAGCACGUACCAGAACUAAGGGUCACAUAUAAACCCGAUAGUCGGCAGCUAAUUGCGGACUCAUGGCCUCAAGUAUUUGAUGACUCGGAAGCACGAGCUGAUUGGGGAUGGAAGCCAAAUUACAAUUUGCAGGAUUUGGUGGAAAUGAUGGUGGGCGAUGUGAGGAAGAUUCUCACGAAGAAUGGGCAAAUUGAAGCAUCAGCAUAGUGCCAAAGAUUCUAUGUGAAAAAAUAUUUUUCUAAAGCAUUUUUCAAACGUUUAUUGUUUAUUCGUUUCAAAAUGAGAAUUUUUAUCAAUUUUUUUUUCAAAAGGUAUACGAGUCAAAAUUUACUAAAAUUUAUACAAAUUACUAUGUAUUUUAAAUAAAUCACGCUAAAUUAUUUAUUUUAAA